ACCCUUUGGAAACUGAGGAAUUGCGGGAGAAGCUAUUGCAGGACUUGCAGGCCGAGAAGAGUCUUGAUGCGAUCGUGUCGGUUCCAGAUUUUGACUUGCCACCAAACAGCAGACUUCUGGCAGUAUUACCUGUGGCUGAUGGAAUCGAGCCAGAGCUAAGCGAUACGUUCAGCAAGAAGAUGUCCAUCAGAGGAUCUGCGCCCAAGGAGGAGAUCAUCGAGGACUUGCGCAAAGUUACACUACCUGCUUUGUUGGUCUUCCAGCGCGGUGGAAUGACUUUCUCUGAGGUGGAGUUGGCAUUGGAUCCCCCUGCGAGUGUGAAAUUUCUGUCGUUCCAGACUGGCAAGGACGAUCCUGGCUUGGACCCAGUCUGCUGGAAGGUGGAAGGCUUUGUCAAAGACAAGGACGGAGACGCUGGACAAUGGAAGCAGCUGGUUUGUCUAGACAAGCCCUAUUUGCCUCCCAGCAAGCGCCAGCAAGAUAUGAUUAUGGUCUUUGACGUGGAAUAUUGGCGAACGGCUGGCAAGGCUGGAAGCAUCACCCUGCAAUCUUUCCUGCCGGUGGUGCAAGAGCGCCUGAGCUUCUUCACGGCAUCGCUACGGAGCCUUGCGAGUUCCAAGAAGAACUACAGCAUACGUCCUGGCAUUGACACGCUGCUCGAUAGCCACGUUGGGAACAUUCCGUCCUUGACACAGGUGAUCCCUUGCUACAACGAGACCGUGAUCCUGAGCAAGCAGUUCCUAGAAGAUGAGGAUGGGGUGAACACCAAUCUCGGCUUCAUCAUCUCUCAAUUUCCGGAAGAGUGGCGUUUCUUCUGCGAGCGGCACAGCUAUUCCGCGAAGGAUAUGUACGACGCCUUCAUGGGUCGCGAUCAGAGUGAAGCUUUGUCGCCCAAGCUAUGUAUGGAGGUGAGGAUGUGGGCAUCGAUGCGAUCGCAGACUGUGGCAAGGACAGUGGUAGGUGCCAUGCAGUACCAAGAGGUGGUCGCGCUGUUGCCAAACGUUCAGGCAUCAAGGCAUCAAGGCAUCCAGAACAGGCCCUGGGGCUUCGCAGUUGGCGAAGGGAAGAGAUGUGCGACAUGGCGUCCUUGCAUCACUACAUCUCUUCACUGUGUAGAGCUGGUGCUCGCACAUCAGACCUACGGAAGCAAGGCUGGUUCUGAAGAGAACGAUCAGGCCGUGCGGUAUUUGCUCUCCAAAUAUCAGGAUCGGAGCUUUUACCUGGUCUUUGACUUUGACCUUGAAAAGAUACGACCAAACCUUGUUGCAGCAGUACAAAGCUUCGUCCGACAGAAGUACUCCUACGAUCGGCCCAUCAAACAUGCGAGUGUGUUGGCGCGCUUUCGCUCUGGCAGAACGUCUUCAGAGACGGUGCCUGAGGAGUGCCUGGAGCUGGUGGAAGUGCUGCCGAGGUGCUUCCCACUGCUGGUGGGCACGCCAGGCUUCAUGACACAAGGCAAGGCAGGAAACCAACUGGGGGCAUUGCGCUUCUCUCGCGGCCACUUUUUGCAGAUGAUGGAUGCCAACAUGGGAGCCUUUCUUGGCGAAGCGUGCAAGGUGCCCUUCAUCCUGCGCCGCUUUCAGCCCCAUUGGUCUGACAGGACCACUGUGAGGGCACGGAUCAUAGGCUUCCGAGAAUUCAUCUUUACGGAGAGUCACGGUGCUGUGGGAAGUGUCAUGGCAUCUGCUGAGUGGUCCUUUGGAACCAUUUGUCAGCGGUUCUUGUCUGGAUUGGGCGCACGAAUGCACUAUGGCCAUCCAGAUUUUCUGGAUGGAUUCUGGGCCUCUAACCGUGGAUCCCUUUCCAAAGCAUCGCCUGCCAUCAACCUCUCAGAGGACAUCUUUGCAGGGUUCAAUGUGAGAAUGCGAGGUGAAGCCUCGAAACACGUGGACUUCUUGGCUUGGGAGAAGGGGCGUGAAUCUUCCUUCAAUGCGGCCGCCCUUUUCUACACCAAGGUCAGCAAAGGUAACGUGGGAGUGAUGCGCUCGCGCGACUUGAAAGUGAUCACACAGAGCCUUGGUCUAUGUGUUCCUCUUCAUCCUCUUGGCACUGGCAACAAAGUCUCUGACAGAUGUAGCCUCACUGGACUCUAUGCUGGCCACCGAGUGGACGAUGUAGACGGUGUUCAGAGGCGUUAUACCGAGGAGCUGACGUUGGAAUAUGGUCCAAUGGAAGGGCUGCUCCGUUUCUUGCCCUCCGUCUGGAGCCGAGUCUGCUACUUCGUCUACGAGCUUGUGUCCCAGGCGAUGGGAUUUUCGACGCUGCCAAUGAUGGUAUUGCUGGCUUCUGCAACAAUGUGGUUGGUUGCACCACUGCUGUUUUGUCCGCAGCCAACCUUGUGGGGAGCCAAGGUGAACCAAGACCAGCGUGCUUUUGAGUAUUGUUUUUAA